UUUUGAGGAACUGUGGAAAUAUUGUUAAAGUUAUAUAGAUUUCUUCCUGCACGGAACUGUUAAAUUUUUAUUCAUUUGUAGACAUGGCAAGUAAUACGAGAUAUAUGCUUAUCUUUAUUUCUGUUUUUGGACUUUCGUUAAGCAGUAAAUCAACACUGAUCAAGCUAACGACAGCAAUAUUCAGUGACUAUGAUCCAUCAAUUAGACCUUACUGUCAAGGACAUGAACAAGUCAAUGUUACAAUGGACUUGGCUAUACGACAGUUAAUUGAUAUGAAUGAACCUGACCAAAUAAUAAAGCUGAAUCUUUGGAUUCGUCUUCGUUGGAUUGAUUGUUUACUGACAUGGAAUCCAAUAGAGUACGAUAAUAUAACAGACUUGAUUGUACCAUUUAGCAAGCUUUGGACACCGGAUAUAACUAUAUAUGAUAGUGUGUCACAGGAAUUUUAUGGAUUGGAAAAGUUUAGAGCAAAUAUAAGUUACGAUGGUGCUAUCAACUACAACUUUCCUACAGUUACAGAAAUACAGUGCCAAGUUGAUGUCACAAACUUUCCGUUUGAUAGGCAAAUGUGUCCAUUGCAAUUCGGAUCUUGGAUCUACACCGGCAACUUGUUGGAUAUGAACCUUGAAAAUGAUCAUGCAGACUUGUCCGCACUGAAAGAAAAUGUCGAAUGGGAAAUACCUAGAGUACCUGCAGUAAAACAUGUAGAACAAUAUUCAAUAAACUCAGACCCAUUUGUUGAUCUUACAUACAACCUUUACCUGAAAAGAAAGCCAAGGUUUUAUGAAGCUAACAUUAUAUUGCCAUCACUAAUCAUUACAUUUUUAGCAACCCUUGGGUUUCUACUUCCGGUGGAAUCUGGAGAGAAAGUGUCAUUAGAAGUUACAGUCAUGCUUUCAUUGACAGUUUUCCAGCUAUUGGUUGCUGACAGACUACCGCCAUCAGAUGAAGCUCGACCAUUAUUAGGAGAGUUUUUCACAUUUACUUUUAUACUGUCUGGCAUAACGACUUUUGUCCAGGUAGCUGUGAUCAACAUAUAUUACCGUGGUGACAGAAAAAUGCCAGUCUGGAUGCAAAAACUGGUUUUAAGACCAUUGGCGAAAAUAACACUUACAAAAGCACACCUGCUGAAACAAACGUCACGUGACGACGAUAACAAACAAGAUGAAGAUGAUCUAGAUAACACUACAAAGUGGCAGGCGCUAUCAAUCUGUAUUGACAGAGUGGGCUUGAUUUUGUUUAUUGUCAUACUAACCAUUGGAUGCAUCGUUAUAUUUACCACUUUUUCAUAAAAUUAAUAUCAUUUUACUAUUUGUUUUAGAUUAUGAAUCUUGAUAUUAAUACAUAAUCGGUUUGUUUUCCUUUAUCAUUUCUGUUUUAUGACGUUUUGA